AUGCCAAGUGGUCUGAUGCGGGCGAACACCAGCACGGAGCUGGAGUCGAUACUGGAUAUCGUGCAAUCGUCCGGCGAAAUCGCUGUUGUCUUCACUUCGCCGAGCAUUGGCGAUUUGGAGACGAUUACAAGCGAAACGCAGCGUCGUCAGCUGCGCAUCGCUGGGAUCCCUCGCGGUGGGUACACCAUCCUCCCCGCUAUUCCGCUAUACGAUGACGAGCUGCUUCAGAUGUGUGAGCGGUACACCGCCGCGAGUGAACACGAGAAGGUGGAAAUUCGGAACAGCCUGUAUAUGCGAGAAUACCCACUAUUCGCGUACAGCAUGCGCAACCAGAGAGCACUGUUUCACCCUGCUGACUACGUAAGCCGCAUUCUCCAGUUCUGCUUCCAUUAUGUUCAGGUGCCCGACGAAGACGUUUUAUCGCUGCAGGACAGGAGUCCCUUUCUUCACAUCUCCCCCGUCAAAGAAAUUUGCGUACAUCUCCGCCUCAUCGUCCGUGGCACUCCAGCAGCACCAGAUGAGUCCGAGUCACCGGUGCCAGAGCAGCUGCACUUUCAUGCAGAGUCAGACGCUGAGAAGCUUGCAGCCGAGCGUGCGCGCGCUUUGUCCAUCGCAGCAAGCAGUGGCGGCGCCUCAGAGACGGAGCCGCUCUCUCUCUUCACCGGCGUUGCGCCGUCGGCGCUGUUUCAGAAAGGGGCAGUGGAAGAAGUGGACCUGGACACUGAGGAAACCAUCGAGGAUCUCACUGGCGAGGAGACAGUAGAUGCGGUGCACAGCUUUCAUUCAGAGUACUUGACAUUGAGCGGGUUUGAGUUAGUGACAAAAGCAUCCAUCUUCUACGACCACGAAGGAGAGGGACAGCGCGUCGUUGCGGUGUACAUUCCAGGAGGUGUGCCAAAGGAGACGUGCCGCGCAGCAGCAGCUGUCCUAGAGCUUGCAGUGACAAAAAAGAAUUUGCGGGCAGCCACGAACGGUGGUCUGCCACCGGACACCGGAAUCGUGGGCUACUAUGACUACCUCACAAAUCCUACCCAGCACAAAUGCAGAGAGACAGAAUUCAGCCGCAGGAACUGGGGCCUCUUCUCACAGAGUGAGUCGCUACUGAAGCAUCUCGACAAGCUGUACAGCCAGUUGGCCCCAACGCACCAUCAUCUGCAGCGAGUAGCGAUCCCGUCGCAGUAUCAGCUGUGCGGCACAGUCUUCAGCACCAUCACUGUCAACCGAAACUUCCGUACCGCCGUGCACACUGACAAGGGUGACUUUCGGAGCGGCUUGGGGGUUCUCUCAGUAAUCAACGGCGAGUUCGAGGGCUGUCAUCUCGCCAUCAAAAGUCUCAAAAAGGCGUUUCAGCUCAAAGUUGGCGAUGUUCUUCUUUUCGACACGUCUCUGGAGCACGGCAACACGGAGGUGGUGCACCCAGAAAAUCACUGGCAGCGGACCAGCAUUGUGUGCUACCUGCGCACUGGACUAAUGUCCUCUGUGUGCGAGAUGGAGCGACGAAAGCAUUUAAAUCGGCUCAUUCUUCAGCAGCUGCUCAACACGGAGAUUCGCCACACCACCGUCAAUAUCAAUGAAGCCGAUAGCAGCCUGCCGCCGCUCUUUGUGCCGACCCGCCUGGCGAGCCAGUUGGCUCCAGUGCAGCUUGCCGCUCUCGGCUUCAUUGUGGAGCGGACGAACAAGCAGAGCGGAUGUGUGGUGGCGAUGACGAUGGGGCUGGGCAAAACCCUCGUGGCAUUAACGUUGUGCUUCUCACACCUGCAUCUUGCACCGCAGGCGGACAUCCUCAUCCUCACUCCAAAGCCGAUUAUCAGUCAUUGGGUGGACGAGAAGAACAAGUGGGGCAUGUACGGACUCCACUUUCCUCACUUCGUCGCCUCUGACGGGCUCAACUCCUUAGAGUUCGAGCAGCAGCUCCUCGAGUACGAGCGGCAGAAGAACAACGAGAAACCAAAGGCAGGCCACGUCUUCGUCAUCAACAGCGAGUACCUGGCAGGGUUUCUGCGACGCUUCAGGCGAUUUACGCCCUUCCUCAUUAUAGUGGACGAGGGUCACCGAGUUGCAGCGAAGGGAAAUAAGCUGACGGAGUCACUCGAUCGCCUACGGUGCAACCUCCGUGUUGUGUUGUCCGGCACGCCUUUGCAAAACGAUGCCAGCGAACUCUACCGGCUAGUGGGGUGGGUGAACAAAGGCGUCAGCAAGGUACUGCCGCCGAAACGCUUCCAGGAGCUUGCUAAUAGCAUCAACCAGUUCGUCGAGGGCGAUGAUGGGGCCUUCUACAAUGCAGUGAUGGCGCAAGAGUACAUCCAAGACUGGAUGCGUGGGUUCGUGUUUCGUGAAAUGGAAAACGACCUGCCACCGCUGCACGAUUACCUGUUGGUAUGCGGCUCCUCCAACGUGCAGCGGGAGUAUGAAGAGAAGUUGGGCCUCACAGAGACGGCCAUGACAGCCUUGAGGGCAACGGAGCACCGACCACAUCACCUCUCCACACACCCCGCGUGCUACCUGGCCUUCAUCUCCAACUGCUACCAAUCGAUGGUAAGCGGGUGGACAGUGCGCGCGCAGUCUAAUACGUCACGACUGCGAACAACCCAGCUGGAAGAGAUCGAUGCCAUGCGUCUUGAGCAGUACGCCCAGAUGAUUGAAAACGAGCAACUCGACGCCUUCAUCAACGUGAGUGGCAAGAUGCGGGUGCUCGUCGAUAUUGUGCUUCGCGUGCAGGCUCGCAAGGAGAAGCUCAUCAUUUUCUCCCUCUAUGUGGGAUCGCAAGAUCUCAUUCAUCGAACUCUCACAGCGCUGCGGGUCUGCACAUUUACGGUUCGUGGCCGAGACUCACAAGACCGCCGCCGCCGCGCCAUGCACGAGUUCAGCGAAAACAAAGACCUCACUGUGCUGGUAUUGUCAACAAAGAUCGCUGCCUACGGUCUCGAAUUCACCGCUGCUAAUCAUGUCGUUCUGUUCGACUCGUGGUGGAACCCGCAGGCGGACGCACAGGCAAUCGCCCGCGCCUACAGGCGAAAUCAACGGAAGCCGGUGACCGUGUAUCGCCUUAUCUCUGCGACCGAGAACAAGUUCGUGUUACGCUCACAGACACGAAAAAUUGCCUUGUUCAAGUGCAUCUUCCACAAGCGCACCACCCGACAGGCGCUACCAAGUGAACUAGAGGACUGCUCAGCUAACGAGACCGAUAACGAGCGGCGGGACUUCUGGGCAAAGCUAAAGGCGACCCACCUCGUUGGUGAUACUCGAGCUUUGCUGAACGUGUAUCGGUACCAAGAGAGCGUACGCGAAAGUCAAUGA